GUCACCUGAGGGCGGCUCUCCAGUAUAAAUACAAGCCAGUGAAGUGCACAAACACACGGACGAGCAAGAGCAGACGAGAGUAUUAGUGUCGUGUUGCAUAUCUGAAAAUAUCAUCAACAUGAGUGAUUCACAGCAAAAGCAGCAGUGUGCUAGCGACCAGAAACCCUGCACUCAGGGAGAAGGCCAGCAUGGAAAGGGUCACGGAAAAGGUCAUGAACACGGAAAAGGUCACGAACACGGACAUGGACAUGAACACGGACACAAACACGGUCCUGGUGGAGAGCAAGGAAAAGGCGGAUGUGGCCAAAAACCCGCAUGUGACCAGCAGAAGGGGAAGAAGUGAUGAGAUUAAUAUAGUCUGAGAUUGUGAGGAAAGCCACUACAAACACUCACAAUCAUCCAAAUCAUUACAUUAAAACACCUUUAAAUCAA